CCGGCGUUUCUUCCUUCCUUCCCGCCCUCUCUCUCUCCCCCCCGCGAUCGUCUCUGAGAGUGAGGCCGGGCCCCAGGCGCGUAGCAGCCGGUAACACCCUCCCCCUCCCCUUUCCCCUCUUCUCCCCCGCCGCCAUGGGCCAGAACGAUAUCAUGAGCACCGCUGAGGACUUCGCGGACCAGAUGUUGAUGACCCUGUGUGCACGAGAACUGCUGACCUCAGAGUCUGCAGAGUGCAUGGAUCUGUUAUGCCUUGAGUAUCGCCUUGCCUUCCUUCCCUGCUAAUGAUGCUGUCUGCCCAUGCAGUUCCUGAGGGUGACGAAGCAGUACCUUCCCCACGUGGCCCGCCUGUGCCUGAUCAGCACCUUCCUGGAGGAUGGCAUCCGCAUGUGGUUCCAGUGGAGUGAACAGAGGGAUUACAUUGAUGGCACAUGGAACUGUGGCUAUUUCCUGGCCUCCAUCUUUGUGUUCAUAAAUCUCUUCGGACAGCUGAGCGGCUGUAUCCUGGUGCUGAGUAGGAACUUUGUGCAAUAUGCCUGCUUUGGACUGUUUGGAAUUAUAGCAUUACAGACUAUUGCAUACAGCAUUUUAUGGGACCUGAAGUUCUUGAUGAGGAACCUUGCCCUUGGGGGAGGCUUGCUGCUGCUUUUGGCUGAGUCGCGCUCAGAGGGGAAGAGCAUGUUUGCUGGUGUCCCUACCAUGCGGGAAAGCUCUCCUAAGCAGUACAUGCAGCUGGGGGGCCGUGUGCUGCUGGUCCUCAUGUUCAUGACACUGCUACAUUUUGAUAUGAACUUCUUUUCUAUUCUGCAGAACAUUGUGGGCACAGCCCUGAUUAUCCUCGUGGCAAUUGGCUUCAAGACAAAGCUGGCUGCCUUGACUCUAGUCAUCUGGCUGUUUGGCAUCAACAUCUACUUCAAUGCCUUCUGGACCGUCCCAGCCUACAAGCCCAUGCACGACUUCCUCAAAUACGAUUUCUUCCAGACCAUGUCUGUAAUUGGAGGGCUCCUCCUCGUGGUUGCACUGGGUCCUGGCGGAGUCUCCAUGGAUGAGAAGAAAAAAGAGUGGUAACAGGAAUAGCAACACUUCUUGGGACAUAACAUAUUAAGUCCAGAACUGAUUCUCUAUGGAUUCAACAAAAACUGCCAGCAUUUUACACGUACAUGCCCCCUUCCUAUUAAAGGCACAGAUGUUUUGAAUUUGAUUUACAGUGGCACCAGUAAUAUAAUAGAUGAAAUCCUGUUUCUUCAAGGAAUGUUGCCUAGGCUUAUUCUAACUUCCUAGAUUUGGAACUAACCCAAGGAACCUGCAUUUUGCUGAUGCUUCAGUGAGUUGCAGUAGAACAGUUGCUGUCUUUAAUGUCAGCAACAUUUUAAAAUUUGAAGUACUGUGAGCAGAUACAGCUGUAUCAUUCAGUGUGCUGUUGGGUUCUAGCUAUAACUAAACAAGUGGAUCCCCUUUCUCACCCUCUUCAAAACUGUCUUGUGCAUAAGGAGUUCCAUUGCUGGUUAUAGCAUUGCUUAUCAAGGUGGAAAGCAGCAUUAAAAAAA